UCUCAGACAUCCAAGAAGAGAUGCAGCAGGCAGACAGAACAGGAAAGCCACCAGAGUGCUGAGGGGUGCCCUUGCAGCCAUUUCUGUCCCUGCUCCAACAUUCUCUCGUGAUGGCCUGUAACAGCACAUCUGUUGAGACUUACGAGUAUGUGCUGAUGAACAUGAGCAACGCCUCGGACUCCCAGGCCACCCCACUGUCCGCUCCACUCAGGAUAUCGUUGGCAAUAAUGAUGAUGCUGAUGAUCGUCGUUGGGUUCCUCGGUAACACGGUUGUCUGCAUCAUCGUGUAUCAGAGGCCGGCCAUGCGCUCUGCCAUCAAUCUGCUGCUGGCCACGCUGGCCUUUUCCGACAUCAUGCUGUCGUUAUGCUGCAUGCCCUUCACCGCCAUCACGCUCAUCACCGUCCGUUGGCACUUUGGGGACCACUUUUGUCGGCUCUCGGCCACGCUGUACUGGUUUUUUGUUCUGGAGGGAGUGGCCAUCCUGCUCAUCAUUAGCGUGGACCGAUUUCUCAUCAUCGUCCAGCGCCAGGACAAGCUGAACCCCCGCAGGGCCAAGGUGAUCAUCGUGGUCUCCUGGGUGCUGUCUUUCUGCAUCUCGGUCCCCUCGCUCACCGGCUGGACGUUCGUGGAGGUGCCCGCACGCGCCCCGCAGUGCGUUCUGGGCUACACCGAGUUCCCGGCCGAUCGCGCCUACGUGGUGACGCUGGUGGUGGCCGUGUUCUUCGUGCCCUUCGGCGUCAUGCUGUGCUCCUACAUGUGCAUCCUCAACACGGUGCGGAAGAAUGCGGUCCGUGUACACAACCAGUCCGACAGCCUGGACCUGAGACAGCUGACCAGGGCUGGCCUCAGGCGGCUCCAGCGGCAGCAGCAGGUCAGCCUGGACUUGAGCUUCAAAACCAAGGCCUUCACUACCAUCCUGAUCCUCUUUGUGGGCUUCUCGUUCUGCUGGCUGCCGCACUCCGUCUAUAGCCUUCUAUCCGUGUUCAGCCGGCGGUUUUACUACAGCUCCUCCUUCUACACCACUAGCACGUGCGUCCUGUGGCUCAGUUACCUCAAGUCAGUCUUCAACCCCAUUGUCUACUGCUGGAGGAUCAAGAAAUUCCGCGAGGCGUGCAUAGAGUUGCUGCCCCAGACAUUUCAAAUCCUUCCCAAAGUGCCUGAGCGGAUCCAAAGGAGAAUCCAGCCAAGCACAGUCUAUGUGUGCAACGAAAACCAGUCUGCUGUUUAGGGGAAACAGGGAAGGGCCAGUCAAGGACCA